AUGUAUCUCACCUUGACGUUUUGUUUCAAGAUCACAGACGAGAAUUCAGGGGGAGCUGUUGUGAUCACCACCCUCGCCGCCGAAAUCUCACUGUCACCAUCACCCUCGCCGCCGAAAUCUCAUUGUCACCACCACCUUCGCCGCCGAAAUCUCACUGUCACCACCACCCUCGCCGCCGAAAUCUCACUGUCACCACCACCCUCGCCGCCGAAAUCUCACUGUCACCACCACCCUCGCCGCCGAAAUCUCACUGUCAGCACCACCCUCGCCGCCGAAAUCUCACUGUCACCACCACCCUCGCCGCCGAAAUCUCACUGUCAGCACCACCCUCGCCGCCGAAAUCUCACUGUCACCACCACCCUCGCCGCCGAAAUCUCACUGUCACCACCACCCUCGCCGCUGAAAUCUCACUGUCACCACCACCCUCGCCGCCGAAAUCUCACUGUCACCACCGCCCUCGCCGCAGAAAUCUCACCGUCACCACCUCUGCACUACUACCAUGAUCACCUCUCUCAACACCGCACACAAGGGAUCCCUUCUGGAUUCGUCCAAGAGACGUUUAUACUCGUGUUGAUGGUAGUCUGGUAG